AAAAGGGAUGAAAACUGCUUAAAACAACAAUGUCACUAAGGUUUCCCUUCUUGUUUUCUCAGCCCAAUAACCAGCCUGGCAGCGGCAACUUUCACAACAAUCACCGGACCACCAGUCGGCAGCGUUUCUCUGCCUCAUUGGCCGUGGCCGCAGCCGCAUCCAUCGGAGCUGUAGCUGCUGCCGGUGUGGCAGCCGUCUCGCAGAACCCCAACCACCCAUUGUUCCAAAACGCCACGAAUUUGCUCCUCCCGAAUAGUUCUUCUCUUCUUCUGGCCUCGAUCUCUCUUGCAGAUGGUUCAGAUCCCGUCGUCGAACCAAAGAGUGGGGUUUCUUUUCCUCCGGUUCUGGGAAAUUCCCUUCGACUUCUUGGAGUUGGGUUGAGGAGAAAAAGCAUCUUGGGAUUGAAGAACAUUGACGUCUAUGCUUUUGGUGUUUAUGCUAAUGGAGAUGAUGUAAAGAAGUUUUUGAGUGCAAAAUACGGGAAUUUAUCCGCUUCUGAACUCAAAGACAAUAAAGAUUUGAAGAACGAUCUCAUGGAGGCUGAUAUAAGCAUGACUGUUAGACUUCAGAUUGUCUAUGGCAAAUUGACCAUUCGGUCCAUACGAAGUGCUUAUGAAGAGUCGGUUGGAAGCAGACUCCAAAAGUUUGGUGGUGGUUCAGAUAAUAAAGAACUACUUCAUAGGUUUACUUCUCAAUUCAAAGAUGAGUAUAAACUACCAAGGGGGUCUUUGGUAGACCUCUCAAAGGAGCCAGGCUAUGUACUUAAGACAAUAAUUGAUGGAAAAGAAAUAGGAAGUAUAGAGAGCAAACUCCUUUGUAGAUCAAUUUUGGACUUGUACAUUGGUGAAGAUCCAUUUGACAAACGAGCCAAGGAAGAUGUUGAUCACAAUGUCACUUCCAUACUAGUACAAAAGUAGAUGUAUGAUGUGGGAGGGUCAUUAGAA